AUCACUAAAGUGAGCGAGAGAGAUAGAUAGAGAGAGAUACGGAGAGAGGUAGAUUGGUGGGUGUGAUGGCUCUGAAAAGAAUUCAGAAGGAGUUACAGGACUUGCAGCGAGACCCCCCCUCACAAUGUUCAGCAGGACCAAUGGGCGAGGACUUAUUUCACUGGCAGGCUACCAUAAUGGGACCAGGUGACAGUCCAUAUCAGGGUGGUGUUUUCUUCCUCACUAUUCACUUCCCCACAGACUAUCCCUUCAAACCUCCAAAGGUUGCCUUCACAACAAAAAUCUACCACCCCAACAUCAACAGUAAUGGCAGUAUAUGUCUGGAUAUUCUUCGCUCUCAGUGGAGUCCUGCCCUCACCGUCUCUAAAGUGUUGUUAUCCAUAUGCUCACUGCUGUGUGACCCAAACCCAGAUGAUCCUUUAGUCCCGGAUAUAGCGCACAUCUAUAAAUCGGACAAAGACAAAUACAACAGACUGGCCAGAGAAUGGACUCAGAAAUACGCCAUGUAACUGCCGUGGACUGCACACGCUGGAUUUCAAAGAGUUGCACGUGGACGAUGAAUGCAGAUGUACUGUAAACCUUGAUCAGAGCCGGUGGAGUGUUUUUGGUUCUCGUUUUUUCCCCCUUUCUUUACAGAGGAUAUCCUGUAGCUAAAACUGAAACUGCGUUACGCAGCACUUUUAUUUUCUUUACAGAAAUGUGAAAAAAUGCAGGAGUCGUCAUCAGCUGGCUACUGCUAAAGAGAGCUUGGGAGUAGCCACAGCAAAUCCAAGAACAUAAAAAACAGAAUAUCAUGAAAAAUGUUUCUUUUUCUUCUAGAUACGCUUUUCUUUUAGAUGUUUUAUUGUAUAGUAUUAAAAGCUAUACUGGAACUAUUUUUAUUAUUUGCAUUAAAAAGGUGACAAAAGAAUGCAAA